AUGGCUGCGCAACAACCUCAAGUUCAGCCGUGCCGAUACAAGACCGGCAAGACACUUGGAGCUGGCUCCUACAGUGUAGUGAAAGAGUGCGUUCACAUCGAUACUGGACGAUACUAUGCGGCGAAGGUCAUCAACAAGCGCCUCAUGGCGGGGCGCGAACACAUGGUCCGGAAUGAGAUUGCAGUGCUCAAGAGAGUGUCAAUGGGGCAUCAAAACAUCUUGACGUUGGCCGAUUACUUCGAGACAAUGAACAAUCUCUACCUUGUCACAGAUCUUGCCCUUGGCGGCGAGCUGUUCGAUCGCAUAUGCCGAAAAGGUUCAUACUACGAGUCUGACGCUGCCGACCUGAUCAGAGCUACUCUCUCAGCAGUAGCAUACCUUCACGACCAUGGCAUUGUACAUCGCGACCUCAAACCAGAGAACCUCCUCUUCCGAACGCCCGAAGACAACGCAGAUCUUCUUCUCGCCGACUUUGGUCUUGCCCGUAUCAUGGAUGAAGAGCAGUUUCACGUUUUGACGACUACAUGCGGUACGCCAGGAUACAUGGCACCCGAGAUAUUCAAGAAGAGUGGACAUGGUAAGCCUGUAGAUGUGUGGGCGAUUGGUGUCAUUACAUAUUUCUUGCUCUGUGGAUACACUCCCUUCGACAGGGACAGCAAUCUGGAAGAGAUGCAAGCCAUUCUUGUCGCGGACUACAGCUUUACACCUAUCGAAUACUGGCGCGGCGUGAGCAUGUCUGCACGACAAUUCAUCAAGCGAUGCCUCACGAUUGACCCAACCAAGCGUAUGACAGCACACGAAGCUCUUACGCACGAAUGGAUUGCCGGCCCAGAAAGUGGUCGUGGCGACGAAGAUCUGCUGCCUACUGUCAAGCAGAACUUCAAUGCUCGGCGAACUCUGCACAAAGCAAUCGAUACGGUUCGCGCGAUCAACCAGCUUCGAGCUGGAGGUAUGGGCAUGAUGGACGGCUCAAUGUCCAUGAACCCAGAGCCUCUUAAGGCGGCCGCGGCCAAGUCGAUCUCAGACGAGAUAAAGCCCGCAGACGAGGACGUUGAUAUGAGAGAUGCUCCCCACCCCGAGGCUGUUCAACCUGUCGACUCGAUGGACCCAAGAGGCAAUGCCAAGGGACAGACACAAGCACAGAUUGAGGAGCAGCAGAAGCGGCAGCAACAGGCCAUUGCAGGUCUUUGGCAGAAUAAACAGCAAGGACAAGCAGCAUAA